AACGCAGCAGCCCAACACAACAAAGCUGAAACCAUAUACACAAAGACCUACAGAAGGAAUAAAACUCGGGACAAUUCGACUUAAUUUCAAAUUAAUAAAGAUUUUUUGCAGAUUUUAUUAGAAAAAUACAUAUUUUAUAGAAGAAAGCUAGUUUUGAACAGCCAUGGGAAAAAAGAAUAAGUACAAGUCAUCCGAAUCGGAUUCGUCUGGGAAAAAACAAACCCAGGACCCUCAAAAAGGAUCGCAAGAAAACACCCAAUCAGGCCAAGGCAGUCAGCAGAGCCAAGUCCCUGGUCAACAAAAAAGUGGACAAGGGCAGCAAGGACAACAGACACCGCAACCAGGAGGACAAGGUGGACAACAGCAACUUCAGAAACCUGGUCAGCAACAAGGUGUCCCGCAACAAACAGCACAACAGCAAAGAGGAUCUGAGGGAGGCAGUCAGGGUGCCCAAAAGCAGCAAAGGGGUCCUGGCCAACAGCAAGGUGGAUGGGGAGGCAGUCAGGGUGCCCAAAAGCAGCAAACGGGUCCUGGUCAACAACAAGGUGGAUGGGGAGGCAAUCAGGGUGCCCAACAGCAGCAAAGGGGUCCUGGUCAACAACAAGGUGGAUGGGGAGGCAAUCAGGGUGCCCAACAGCAGCAAAGGGGUCCUGGCCAACAGCAAGGUGGAUCGGGAGGGAAUCAGGGUGCCCAACAGCAGCAAAGGGGUCCUGGCCAACAGCAAGGUGGAUCGGGAGGCCAUCAGGGUGCCCAACAGCAGCAAAGGGGUCCUGGCCAACAGCAAGGUGCAUGGGGAGGCAAUCAGGGUGCCCAACAGCAGCAAAGAGGUCCUGGCCAACAGCAAGGUGGAUGGGGAGGCAAUCAGGGUGCCCAACAGCAGCAAAGAGGUCCAGGUGCACAGCAAGGUGGAUCGGGAGGCCAUCAGGGUGUCCAACAGCAGCAAAGGGGUCCUGGCCAACAGCAAGGUGGAUGGGGAGGCAAUCAGGGUGCCCAACAGCAGCAAAGGGGUCCUGGCCAACAGCAAGGUGGAUCGGGAGGCAAUCAGGGUGCCCAACAGCAGCAAAGAGGGCCUGGCCCACAACAACAAGGAGGAUCGGGAGGAGGAAGCAACCGUCCACAGCAACAGAGAGGCGCAGCUCAACAAAGGCAAUUGCAAGAACAGCAAAGAGUUGUGACAUCAUUCCAAAAUUUGUCACUUUCGGAAGAAAAGAUCCUUCCGGUAAAAAAGGCCUCCUGUGCUGGUAUUGUUCGUGGAACACGUGGUACAGAAGGUGUCGUAGAAGUGAAUUAUUUACGAUUGCUUCUUGAUAAUAUGCCAAAUGAAGCCUACCACUACGACGUAACAAUUACACCAGAUCGGCCAAAAAAAUGUAUGCGUCCUGCAUUUCAACAGUGCAAAAGGGAAACUUUCGGUGGUAUUGAAGCUGCAUUUGAUGGCAGAAAAAGUUGCUAUACCCCAGUGCGACUUCCGGGUCCAAUCGAACAUACAGUUCAUGUUCCAGAUUCGGGCAACCGUACGAAAGAAUUUCGAGUAGAAAUUAAGGAAACUACCGAUUGCGUUGUGGAUCUCAAUUCACUAAGAACAUACCACAAUGAAAAAGUUUCCGACAAACCGAUGAGAGCCUUGCAAGCUUUAGAUGUAAUUUUGUCGGAAAGUAACAAUGAACGGAGCAUUCGUGUUGGACGUUCCUUUUUUUGCAGACCCAGAAACCCAUUCGAUUUAGAGGAUGGAUACGAAGCCUGGACAGGUUUGUUCCAGGCUGCAAUCUUGGGUGAAGUACCGUUUCUUAAUGUUGAUAUUGCCCACAAGUCAUUUCCACGUGAAUCUCCUCUGCUCGAUUACUUGGCAAACAAUAAUAUCAGUUUGGAAAAACCUUUGGAAAGUUACGAAUACAGAAAUGUUGAACGAUACCUAAAAAACAUUGACAUUGUGUAUCAACCACCAGCGUCAUUUGGAAGUUUUGACAAGAGAUACAAAGUAAUGGGCUUAGGGGAUUCUGCUUCGAAAUUGACUUUUAAAAACGAUGAGGGUGCACAGAUGACUAUUGCUGCAUACUUUCAAUCCCGAGGUUAUAUUCUUAAGUAUCCACAAUUGAACUGUGUGAAAGUUGGUUCUACGGUCCGUUCAAUCUAUUUGCCAAUGGAAUUAUGUAAGAUUGCCGAAGGUCAGGCAUUAAAUCGGAAAGACGAAUCAAAACAAGUGCAGAAGAUGAUACGUUUUGCCGCAACUUCAACCAAUCUCCGCAAGGCAAAAAUCAUGGAUAUGUUGACGUAUUUCAAUCAUAAUGCCAGCGCAAUAGUCCAGUCGUUUGGUAUCCAAAUCGGUUCCAGUUUUAUUAAGGUGCCAAUCCGUGUUUUACCAUCACCAUUAAUGGAGUAUUUGAACGGACAAACAGUUAGAACAAGUCGUGGUGCUUGGCGUAUGGAUGGACUAAAAUUUUUGACUUGUUCUCAACCACAAGGCGGAGCAGGCCACAAAUGGGGUAUAAUAUACGAAGAAAAUCCCCGAUCGAGGAUGAGUUAUAGAGAUUUGGAGCAAUUUAAAAAUAAGGUCUUAACCACCUCAAAAAAUUUGAAUAUGAACCUUGAAAACUCGGCCGAAAUUAUAGCAUAUCGCAAUAUCAAUGCCACACUUGCGGAUCUUGCAAAACAAAAGUAUGCCCUGGUAUUUGUUGUCUUGGGUAGAAACAGUAGAACCACUUAUUCCGAUAUAAAGCAAAACGCCGAAUUGAGAGUUGGAAUUCUAACACAGUGUAUAAAGGAGGAAACUAUCGGACGAACUGCAAGAGAUCUAACAGUUUUUUCGAAUAUACUCCUAAAGGUAAACGGGAAGCUUAACGGAACCAAUCACAAAAUAUCUCAGGAUAGGGAUAUUGCCAUGAAACAGAUGAUGACACCAUUAAAAAAUGUGAUGUUUAUGGGCGCCGACGUAACGCACCCGUCCCCCGAUCAGCGUCACAUUCCUAGUGUUGUUGGAGUCACAGCUUCACACGAUCCAUUUGGAGCUUGUUAUAACAUGCAAUACAGAUUGCAACAGUCGACUAGAGAAGACAUCGAAGACAUGGAGUCGAUCGCAACCCAACAUUUGAAGGUCUAUUUCAAAUACAUGAAAACGUAUCCUUCUCAGAUUAUUUACUACAGAGACGGCGUGUCGGAUGGCCAAUUCCCCAUCAUUGCGAAUGUUGAAUUAAAGGCAAUAAAAAGAGCUUGCGCCAAAUUGAAAUGCAGUCCGAAAUUGACCUGUAUCAUUGUUGUUAAGCGACACCACACUAGGUUUUUCCCCAUGACACAACCACGCGACGACCGCGAUUUUAACAAUGUGGUACCAGGCACUGUUGUCGACCAGCACAUUACUCAUCCGAACGAAGUUCAGUUCUUCAUGGUUAGCCAUCAAUCGAUCCAAGGUACAGCGAAACCUACUCGCUAUAACGUUAUCAUGGACGAGUCAAACCUCGAUAUAGAUCUUUUGCAACAACUUACAUAUAAUUUGUGUCACUUGUUUCCACGUUGUAAUCGAGUUGUUUCCUAUCCGGCUCCUGCAUAUUUAGCGCAUUUGGUAGCAUUUCGUGGACGUGUUUAUUUAGAAGGAUCAAGAACUUUCUCGAAAGAUUUGAAACGUGAAUACGAGCAGCGUCUUAUUAAACCUGUUUUUAUGGAGUGUAAUCCAAUGUACUUCAUAUAAAAUGAUUCGAUUUUUUUUAUUUUUCACACAUAAUAAUCUUAAUAAAAUAAAGCUUAUUUAACCUUCA